AUGCUGUGUCGGAUCAGUCGAGACGGAACAAGACGGCUAGAAAAAUUGGUUGGGAAGACGGUAUCCUGGACGGGUAGCUCAGGCUGGUGCGGAAUCGCACAGUGCGCAUAUCAUGACAUUCAAUCAAGGGGCGUGAGCUUAUCACUGAGGAGGAAUGAGGAGGCUGCUAAUUCUCGUGUCAAUGGCUUGCAAGGCACUGUACUCAGUGCAAUCCAGGCAAUAGGAAGAGAGACUGCCGUCAAGCCAUCACCGCCCACCUUCGGCUUUUCCAUCACCAUGGUUGACUUGUCCCGGUUGAAUGGUUGGCAGUACAGUAUAGGAAAUAAUAUCGCAUGCAUUGCCUUAGUUACGGCACGAGAAGCUCAGAAACUGCCCAGUUUUGAAAUGGGGGCCGGUCGGUUAUCAAUCGGCGUUCUGCGUGAUGCCUCCAUCCUUUAUCGGCCAUACUGUACUCCGUACUUGAGUAACUUUGACAGUUUUGUUCUAGAAUGGGGGGGCCAAAUGCACAUGCAUACUUUUGCCAGCUGGCGGUUAUCUGCCGGACGCUUGGGCACAUUGGAGGCUCUUGCAGUCGAGUCUGGGGAGCAAACCAUGGUUGUGAAACAACGAGAAUACAACAAUAAUUGCGAUACCUUCAUUUCUCUUGCGAAUUCUGAGGCGAAUGAAUGCUGA